UUGACGAUAAGAUUUGCCAAAGCUCUGUAGCUGGGAACCGCACGGACGGCGGCGUGGGGCUCCAUCAAGGCGGCGUCACGGCUUCAACUGGCGGCGGCACGACCAAUCCAGAGGCUUCUGAUGCACGACUCCUCCCGGCUCAGCCACCCGUCUCCCCCUCCGCCGCCGCCGCCGGCCAGCCCAACACCAGAAGCGUCACCGGCAGCAAAUGCCCAGCCCAACCUGAUCGCGGUGGAGCCGACGAUGAUCAUCAAGGGCGUGCUCGGGCGGUACGAGCGCUGGAACCCCGUGCACCCGACGGCCGGCACCUUCUGGGGCGUCGGGCUCGGCCUCGGUUGCGGCGUCGGCUGGGGCCCGGGGUUCGGGCCCGAGGUGAUUGGGUACGUCGGCGCCGGCUGCGGCGUGGGGUUCAGCGUCGGCUUCACGCUCGCCGGCGUCGGCAUCGGCCUGCCGCAGCACGGCCUCAUCAGGAACAUCGAAGACAGUGGUUUUGCAAGCAAUGUGUCACUUGAUUCAGCAAGGUAUUACGCUGCAACCAUCAUCAGAGGUAUGGUCUGGGAUGCCAUCAGUUAUGCGGGCAAUGUAGGGGCAAUAAGGAAAGAAUCCUGGCAGAAGCUUCUGAGGUUCCAGGACAACCCUCGGAUUUCAAGAGUUGAUCCGGUUUCAGGAGGAGUUGAUCUGCCCAAGCUGGGGAAGGGCAUGUCGAGAGUUGAUCCGGUUUCAGGAGGAGUUGAUCCGGUUUCAGGAGGAGUUGAUCUGCCCAAGCUGGGGAAGGGCGCCGUGUCGAGAGUUGAUCUGCCCAAGCUGGGGAAGGGCGUGUUGAGAGUUGAUCUGCCCAAGCUGGGGAAGGGCGUGUCGAGCAGCAUCCAGUCCGCCGUGGAAUGCAUCAGGGCCUUCAAAGAUCAGCAUUGGCCUCACUAAAAGACCCGUACAAAAUUAGAGCUGGUUAUCAGUUAUAAGUGAUUAGGCACCACCACGGCAAACUUCAAAAAUGGCGAUAUACCAAUUUUCAUUUGUUUUGGUAUGAGUUUUCCCAGACUUAUGGAAGGGGAAACUAUUCCUGCUUAAUGAAAAUGGUAUAUUCGAUCUAGCUAUUGAUUACGUAGAUGCAUAUGUAAAUAUGAUGAUGCCCUCUGUCUUUUUGUUCAAGCACUGUGCAUUUUGCAACAAUGGUGUAAUGUGAAUUAAAUUUCCACUUAUAUUGUAUACCCACAACUGUAGCCAACAUCUGUGAUAGUGUAUGGUCAAACUGUGUAAUUCCUUGAAGUGUAUUUGUUGAAGCAUGAAUCUAGUGAUACCGGUGUAUGUCUGGAAGUGUAUUGUUGAAGCAUGAAUUUAGUGUACA